AUCUUUGUAGGAUUUUUAUUCAUGUGAUUUGCCUUUAAAAUUCUUUUCUUUUCUUCUCGUUUUCAUGCCCUUCUUGAGAUUUAACUUUUCAUCUCGCUUGGGGGUAAAAAAGCAAUGCUCUUCUUGAUCCCUUCUUGAUCGCCAUCUCCACAUCUCCAUCUCCAUCACCUACGUCUCCGUCAUCUCCACCUUCCCGCUCUGCAGCUCCCAUGGCGGUCAACAAGACCCACAAGCCCAAGCCCAGGCCCGGGUUCCCGCUCUUCUACCUCGUCGCCUCCGUCGCCGCCGUCGCCGUCGCCCUCCUCUUCCUCCUCUCCGCCGUCGCCUCCACGCUCGGGGCCUCGCUGUCGCCCUCCGGGACCCUCGGCAUCGUGGGGCUCCUGCGGAGGCACAAGCACCAGCACUCGCUCCACGACAAGUACCUCUACUGGGGGGACAGGAUCGACUGCCCCGGGAAGCACUGCGGCUCCUGCGAGGGCCUCGGCCACCAGGAGUCCAGCCUCAGAUGCGCCCUGGAGGAGGCAAUGUUCCUCCAAAGGACUUUUGUUAUGCCUUCCAGGAUGUGUAUCAACCCUAUACACAACAAGAAAGGAAUCCUUCAUGAGUCCACAAAUAUGACUUCUGAGGAAGGGUGGGCCGCAUCUUCUUGUGCGAUGGAAUCUUUGUAUGAUAUAGAACUGAUAUCCGACACUGUUCCUGUGAUUUUGGACAAUUCGAAAAUGUGGUAUCGGGUGUUGUCAACAAGCAUGAAGUUGGAAGCUCGAGGGGUUGCUCAUGUGGAAGGACUUAGUCGGAAUGAUCUUAAAGAGGAUCAACGCUAUUCAAACCUUUUACUCAUCAACAGAACUGCUAGUCCACUUUCUUGGUUUAUGGAAUGCAAGGAUCGAAAAAAUCGAAGUGCCAUAAUGUUGCCUUAUUCAUUUCUCCCUUCAAUGGCCAAACAGGAAUUAAGAGAUGUAGCUGCCAAGAUUAAAGCCUCUCUCGGUGAUUAUGAUGCCAUCCACGUUCGUCGAGGUGACAAAGUGAAAACCAGGAAAGACCGGUUUGGGGUCGAAAGGAGUCUACACCCUCAUCUGGACAGAGAUACCCAUCCAGAGUUUAUUCUUCGCCGAAUUAAACAGUGGGUCCCACCUGGACGGACUCUUUUUAUCGCUUCAAAUGAGAGGACGCCUGGAUUUUUUUCGCCUCUUGCUACAAGGUACAAGAUGGCAUACUCUUCAAAUUUUAGCAAGAUCCUUGAUCCCUUGAUUCAGAACAAUUAUCAGUUGUUUAUGAUUGAGAGGCUUGUCAUGAUGGGAGCAAAAACUUUUAUCAGAACAUUUAAAGAGGAUGAUACAGAUCUAAGCCUCACUGACGACCCAAAGAAGAAUACUAAGAUAUGGCAAAUACCUGUUUAUACAAUUGAUGAAGAGGAGAGCUGAUAAUUCUAAUUGAGAGCUUGACUAGCCUGGGAGUUCGUUCAAAAUAAGGAUUUGAGCGAUGCAUUUGUUACAGUGUCUUCUGGCUAUCCUUGUACAUGAUAAUAGGAUGCACUCGCCGAAAAUAGGGACACACAUACAAUCAAGAAUUUGAGAGGGGGAUAUAUUUCUUUUAUUAUUGUGGAGUGUGGUUAUUCUUUGUCCCAUGAGUGAAGAGAGCAGUUUGAUGGGGAAAAGAGGCUGUGCUGUUCACAGAAACCCCUCCCAAGUGCCCAGUUUUGUUUGUCACGUACAUUGCUGGAGAGAUUCAUUCCUUAGGGCUGUUUACAUACGCCAGAACACCGUGCCACUUACACAAAGACUGGGCUUUCCUGAUAUAUGCUAACUCGAUGAGACUUUGCAUUUUAAGGUGGUGGAUUCUACUCAGUUUUUAAAAGAGUUUAUGGUUUCGGCUGUCCCUCUUGGAAUAGAGGGAAAACCUAAUUUCAGUGGCUUAUUUGAUAGCUAUUAGCUAC